GCGCAGUAUUUGACAAAGCAUAGAGGAGAGAGAAGCAGUCAGCUUCAAAUUUUGAUCAAAUAAUAACUUGUGGUGUUUUGCAGAUAAACGCUGAGCACCGAAAUGCCGCUGCGCUACCAAAACAAAGUGGUUAUUGUCACUGGAGGAUCCAAAGGCAUCGGCAGAGGGAUUGUCAAAGCGUUUGUGGAAAAUGGGGCCAAAGUGGUGUUUUGCGCAAGAGGAGCUGCAGCAGGUGAAGCUCUAGAAACGGAGUUCAGCAGGCUGGGACCAGGCUCGUGCAAGUUUGUGGAGUGUGACGUCACAAAGGAAGACCAGAUCGAGCGGUUGAUCGCAGUCACCGUGGAGCUUCAUGGACACAUCGACUGUUUGGUGAACAACGCAGGCUGGCAUCCUCCUCACAAACCCACCGAUGAAACCACGGCAGAGGAGUUCAGGGAUCUGCUGAAUCUGAACCUCGUUAGCUAUUUCUUAGCUUCCAAAUUUGCUUUACCAUAUUUGCGUCAGCGUCACGGAAACAUCAUUAAUAUCUCCAGUCUUGUGGGCACCAUCGGUCAGAAAGAUGCUGCGCCUUAUGUCGCCACUAAAGGGGCGAUCAUCUCCAUGACAAAGGCGAUGGCUGUGGAUGAGAGUAAACACAACGUGAGAGUGAACUGCAUCUCUCCAGGUAACGUGAUGACACCGCUGUGGGAAGAACUUGCUGCGCAGACGGCUGAUGCUGCAGCCACCAUCCACGCGGGGGAAGAUGCUCAGGCGCUCCAUGCACGACUCGUUCAGACUCUCCCCUUCUCCUGCAGCGCCCUGCGAUUCGCCAGCUCCUUUAAGGCCGCAGAUCUCACCAUCGAACGCAACCCGGAAUGCAAACCCAAGCCCGACCCGUCCACGCUGAUUUUCGGAAAGCAGUUCUCCGACCACAUGCUGACCAUAAGCUGGUCCGAGAAGGACGGCUGGGACGCGCCGCAGAUCAAACCCUUCCAGAACCUGUCUCUGCACCCGGCCACGUCCGCCCUGCACUACUCCAUAGAGCUGUUUGAAGGCAUGAAGGCGUUUCGUGGCGUUGACAACCACAUCCGUCUCUUCAGGCCGAUGCUGAACAUGGAGAGGAUGCAUCGCAGCACAGAGAGGAGCUGCCUUCCUCUGUUUGAUAAAACCGAGCUGCUGCAGUGCAUCAAGAAGCUGGUGGAGGUGGACCAGGACUGGGUCCCUUUCUCCCAGGACGCCAGCCUCUACAUCCGACCCACGUUUAUCGGCACUGAGCCGUCUCUUGGCGUUUCUCGAGCCAGUAAGGCCCUGAUCUUCGUCAUCGUCGGCCCAGUGGGACCGUACUUCGCCACGGGUUCCUUCAACCCGAUUUCUCUGCUGGCGGACCCGGCGUUCGUCCGAGCUUGGAAAGGAGGAGUUGGGGAGUACAAGAUGGGGGGUAACUACGGGCCGACCAUCGCCGUCCAGUCGGAGGCGCAGAAGCAGGGCUGCCAGCAGGUUCUGUGGCUCUACGGCCAGGAUGAGCAGAUCACUGAGGUCGGCACCAUGAACCUCUUCAUCUACUGGACCAACACCAAAGGAGAGAGAGAGCUGGUGACUCCUCCUCUGGACGGCAUUAUCCUGCCAGGAGUGACCCGGCAGUCCCUGCUGGACCUGGGCAGAACCUGGGGCGAUUUUAAAGUGACGGAGCGAACGAUGGGGAUGAAGGAGUUCCUCGAAGCUUUGGAUGCUGGAAGAGUUCUGGAGGUUUUUGGAGCCGGGACUGCCUGCGUCGUUUGUCCCGUUGGAAACCUCCUUUAUAAAGGAAAGACUUAUCAGAUCCCUACAAUGCAGAACGGUCCAGAUCUCGCAAAGAGAUUCUACAAGGAGCUUACUGAUAUUCAGUACGGACGCACACCAAGCGAAUGGGCACCAGUGGUUGUUUAAAGAGUUGUGGGUUUUUAUGUCAUGUGAUUCCAGUUUGGUCGACCAGCUAAUGCUCUCCUCUGCCCCACAUCGACCCUUCAAAGGAAAACGGUUGGAGGUUUGAGUGUAAAGCAUUAACACAUCAAGCACCUAGAUGACAAAAUAGAGACAAAUAUAAAGAGUUGAUGUAAAGUAUUAGAGUCUAUAUACGUAUCAAACAUCCGUUGUGAUCAUUGCUGUAGCACAAACGGACACAUCUGUGUUUAAAAAGCAGCUACAUAUUCAGUGUAUGAGCUGGAGGCCAGCCUCUCUGCAGAAUGCACUACUCAUCCACUGUAGAACAUGUUUUACUGUUAAACCUGAGGACGUCAUGUUACUGAUCCAAGCCACUCAGCUCUCACGGAGGUGGAGCGGCGCCCUCUGGUGGUGGGAAGCAAAGCCGAAGACGAGACCUGAAGGCUGGAUGUUACUCCUGCACUAGUUUGUGUUUUUAUGAGAACAAUGUAAAGUUCCAGGUUGUGUUUAGAGGCUUUUAAAUUAUUGUAUCCUCGUGUUGAUGUGAAAUCUGGCCAGCUGUCUUCCAAAGUAUCAUCUUGCUGUAUUCUGCUUUUAAAUGUUUUGUUUCCGCUCUUUCUGAACGGCAUGUAUUUAUUUGUACACAGAUUGCUCUCCUGUCUCUUUUCCUUGAAGUGCCUGACCGCCGUCGGUUAGCUUGUUCUCAUGUUCACUCUCUAUGGGAUGUAGCUGAAAACAAUUCAUCUUAGUUUUAUUUUCAACAUGCUGUUACUUUUAUUCGGUUUUUACAAUAAAAUUUUAUUUGAGGUUUA